AUGUAUGUGUCGCUGUGGGGGUUAGUCAAGUCAUCAGUUCCACACGAGCGAGCCCACACGGUUACUGUGCUGAACCACUCAGUCCAGAUCCACGCCGGCGACACGCCUGAGGUGGAUUGCCACACCGCCCACGAAGCCUGCAAGUUUGCCGAGCUGAAGGAAAAGAUCGACCGUCGUUCCGGCAAGGUUCUGGAACGAAACCCCGCGUUCCUCGAGUCUGGAGAUACGGCCAUCGUCCAGAUGAUCCCCUCCAGGCCCAUGUGUGUGGAGGCCUUCUCUGAUUACCCGGCCCUGGGUCGCUUCGCAGUGUGCGACAUGAAUUCGAAGCAGACCGUGGCUAUCGGCAUCAUCAAGUCCGUGACGAAGGCCGGGAAGACUACCGAGGCUGCUGGCAAGAAGGAGAAGUAAUGGUCGCUUCACUUUACUCCGCCUUCCGUCACAGCCACGGAUGGAUCCAUGAUGUACACAGGAGCUUCCAACAAGGUCAAACCUACCCUGGGAGCCAGACAGGACCGGGUAGCUAGCGAGUUUUGUCCGGGGUCCCAAGGCAGUCAGCCCUCCGAUCUCA